CUUCCGGGGGCCGGCUGCGGGCGGGCGCUCCUCGCCGGGGGCCCGGCCCAGCACUAUGCGCAGACUCGGCUCUUGGCUCAAGAUGGCGGCGGCAGAUAAACAGAAGCACGAGCACGGGCGAGUGAAGAUUGGGCACUACAUCCUGGGCGACACGCUUGGCGUCGGAACCUUCGGCAAAGUCAAGGUUGGCAAGCAUGAGUUAACUGGACAUAAAGUUGCAGUGAAGAUUCUGAAUCGACAGAAGAUUCGCAGCCUUGACGUUGUAGGAAAAAUUCGCAGGGAGAUUCAGAACCUCAAACUCUUCAGACACCCUCAUAUAAUUAAGCUGUACCAGGUCAUCAGUACCCCAACUGACAUUUUCAUGGUGAUGGAAUACGUUUCAGGAGGAGAACUGUUUGAUUAUAUUUGUAAAAAUGGAAGGCUUGAUGAGAAGGAAAGUAGACGUCUGUUCCAACAGAUCCUUUCUGGAGUGGAUUACUGUCACAGGCACAUGGUAGUUCACAGAGAUUUAAAGCCCGAAAAUGUGUUGCUCGAUGCACACAUGAAUGCCAAGAUAGCUGACUUUGGUCUAUCAAAUAUGAUGUCUGAUGGAGAAUUUUUAAGAACGAGCUGUGGUUCCCCUAACUAUGCUGCACCAGAAGUAAUUUCAGGAAGGUUAUAUGCAGGUCCUGAAGUAGAUAUUUGGAGCAGUGGGGUUAUUCUCUAUGCAUUGUUAUGUGGAACACUUCCAUUUGAUGAUGAUCACGUGCCAACACUUUUUAAGAAGAUAUGCGAUGGUAUCUUUUAUACUCCUCAGUACCUGAAUCCAUCUGUCAUUAGUCUUCUGAAACAUAUGCUGCAAGUGGAUCCAAUGAAGAGAGCAACAAUUCGAGACAUUAGAGAACACGAAUGGUUUAAGCAGGACCUUCCCAAAUACUUGUUUCCCGAAGACCCUUCAUAUAGCUCAACCAUGAUUGACGAUGAAGCCUUAAAAGAAGUAUGUGAGAAGUUUGAAUGUACUGAAGAGGAAGUGCUAAGCUGUCUGUAUAGCCGAAAUCAUCAAGAUCCUUUAGCAGUUGCUUAUCACCUCAUUAUAGAUAAUAGAAGAAUAAUGAAUGAGGCCAAAGACUUCUACCUAGCUACAAGCCCGCCAGAUUCUUUUCUUGAUGAUCACCAUCUGUCUCGGCCUCAUCCAGAGAGAGUGCCAUUCUUAGUAGCUGAAGCACCACGGCCUCGCCAUACUCUUGAUGAGCUGAAUCCACAGAAAUCAAAACACCAAGGUGUAAGAAGAGCGAAGUGGCACUUGGGGAUACGGAGUCAGAGUCGACCAAAUGAUAUAAUGGCUGAAGUCUGUCGAGCAAUUAAGCAGCUGGAUUAUGAAUGGAAGGUUGUAAAUCCAUACUACUUGCGUGUUCGAAGGAAGAAUCCAGUGACAAGUGCAUAUUCUAAAAUGAGUUUACAGCUGUAUCAGGUGGACAGCAGAACAUAUUUACUGGACUUCCGUAGCAUUGAUGAUGAAAUUAUUGAAACGAAGUCUGGGACUGCAACUCCACAGAGAUCUGGUUCUGUGAGCAACUACAGAUCUUCUCAGAAAGAUUCAGAUGGUGAUGCACAAGGAAAAUCUGCAGAUACAUCCCUUACCUCAUCAAUGACCUCUUCACUUGAUUCUUCGACAGCUGACUUAACUCCAAGACCAGGCAGUCAUACAAUAGAAUUUUUUGAGAUGUGUGCAAAUCUUAUUAAAAUACUUGCACAAUAACUUUGAAGGUGCGCUUAUUUCUUUUACAGCAAUAAGCAUGCAUAAAUCUUAGUCAGAUGCUUCCAGUUGUAAUCAAUUUAAAUUAACAAAGGCGCUGAAAAAAACAUACCUGCAAAAUGCAAUUUACCUGGGGACUGAAGUAAUUAUGAGCAGUUAGGUAUACUGCUUUGAAGCUGGAGUGAAUUCUGAUUUUCUGCUAUUCAGUAACUUCACACAGGUACAGGAAGUCACAUGCCCCUUGGGCAGUGCUUGUAACAUUUUCAGUGAGUGCACAUUAGUAUUUAUAUAACAUUUACAUUACACAGUCCUUUUUAUCUGUCUUGUUGGUGAUGCAUAUAUCUGGAGCACUGUAAGAAAAUGUGCACUUAGAAGUUCAAUGACCUAAGUUUGACUUGUUGGUCACUGUCUACAUUUGUGCCUCAGUUGAUCAGAACAGUUAAUGUCUUCUAACAGUAAAGCAUUAAAACUGCUGUUCCUUCCCCCUUUAUUCAGCAGUAUAUGAGAUUUUAAACAAAGUUUGAUGUGCUACAAUAUGAAAUUCAAUAAUUGAUAAAUUUGAUUAGAUGUUGGCAAAUCCAACCAGUUGGAAUUUUCAGUACAUUUAAGUGCUCUGCAGCACAGUUAUGAAUAAAAUUCUCUGGGGUGUAAGUAGAACAGCUGAAACCACAGCAGUGCCAAGAGAGACAAUGCUGAGAAGAUAUGCCACGCAGUGGCCUGAAACAAAUCACUGCUCUGAAGCACUGUGAGCAAGCUCCUGAUCUGUGCAGGUUUGCUAGCUCAUACCAUAGUGUAGUAGCAGCACAGUUACUGCAGGCUGAGAAUCCUUAGAAGUAUAUGCAUGUAGUUAAGAGCACAGCCUAGGGGUUGUUGCAUGUUAUUCCGCAGUCUGAAAUUGACAUACCUUUUUUUUUUUAAAAAAAAAAGUUACUUAGAUAUGUCUGCUUACAUCACAUGUUAACUUACUAUAUGCUGUAUAGAAUUCAUAUUGCAUUUCAAAUACAUCUAUAAGUUAAGUUUUUCCAGGCUACCCUUGUACAAAUUUUACCAUUUAAAUUGUGGAAAUUAAUAGUGCAGUUUUUCAGUUGAAUGUUAAAAGCUGAAAAUGACAACUAAAGUAUUAAUAUUUAGGAAGUUUUGAAAUGUAGAUUGCAGUCAUGGAUAACGUGGAAACCAUAACUGCAGAAGAAAUGUUUAAGAAAAUGACCUUAAAUGCUAAAUCAGAUAUCUUUGCUCAAAAACGUUAAAUAUCUUGUAAAUUGGAUGUACAUACCCACGGUUCAAUUUUCAUUUAGCACUUAAUUUUAGCAUUUAAUAGAUGUAAGUGUUAAUCAGUAAAUUGCCAUAAAACAUUUUAAUUACUUAUUUGGGGAUUUUUCUUUUCAAAAUAGACUUCAUGGCUUAAUUUGAAAGAUUGCUCUCCAAUUUAGAAACUGGAAAUCAAGGCAUUAAUAUAAACAGUGAAAUCUGGUCUUUGUUAGAAAUGGAUGGGACUUCUUGCCAUUGAGUCGUCCAAGAUUCCAUCCUUGACAACUUGCUAACUGUAGAUGACAAGAACUGUCUAAUGCAGUCAAAUUGGCUUCAGUCCAGAAAUUCCUGUUAGAAAUUUGAAGAAAUUUACAUCUACUUAAUUCUCAGAACUACUGUAGCUCUUCUCAACUGGGCAAUUGUGUGGUCUGUCUUGAAUGUAGGUACAACUUCAGUUUUUGUCCUUAGUGUCUCACAUGAUUCCUGUAAUGCAAGGUUAUAUUACUGUAGCUCAGAGUGGAAGGAUUCUCUUCAAUAAAACUUUGCAUUUAAACUAUUGAGAUUGAGAUGACAGUAUGUGGGACCAGCUAUCAAUCAUACUUUUAAGUCCUUUCUUCAGUUGUGUAGGGAAAGGUUCUGAUGUUCUGAAUAAAUAGGUGUGUUCAUUUUGUUAUCCUUUUAUUUUGAAACUUAAACAUUGCACUUGUACAAGUAUAACAAACGCACAGAUUAUUUUUAUUGCAGUAAUUCCUCAUCUGGAAUUGGUUUGGGAUCACUGAAACUGUCUCCUGCAUAUGUUUAACUAUUUACAAAUGGUGUCUGCUCCUGGUUUGUGAAUCUGUAAUGCUGAUCACCAAUGCAAGAUGUAAAGGUGCAAACAGCUUUUAAUUUUUAUACACUUUUUUUUGGCCCUUCUGUUCUUUAAGGCAGCCAUGGUUUUUCAUUUGUCUUGUCUGAAUGAGGUGAAUUUUGUUGGUAUGAUGCAACAGUUUUGAUGGCCAAAGGUUUUGUGAUAGAACAGAGGUGUUUGUUUUUUAAUACAGAUUUGGGGAGGGAGGACGGGACUGACAACCUAUUUGAAUCCAGUGCAAUUGUUUGUUGCGUCACUUUCUUAGGCUUUGUAGAUCUUUAUUUUGAGACUGCUUUCUUCAGAUGUUCCUACUGAGCUUGAAAGACCUUUUUUUAUCAUCCCAUCAGGUUGAGACUGAACUUCACUGAGAAAAAUGCCAGGAGUGUAAGGAUGUAAUUGAUGCAAAUAUACAGAUUGCUCAAGUAUGUUAGUACGUAAUCCAAAGCCUAUUCAGCUGGGAGUGUGCUGAAUUAUUUUUCCUGUGCAUUCUAACUUUAUGGAAGCAUGGAUAAACCUGGUUAUCUCUGAGCUCAGUAGGUAAUGAAUUGAAAAAAUAUAUAUAUAAAUUGGAUGCGCAAUGCUAAAAGCAACAAAGAAAAUUUCACACUUGUCUUGCUAUGAGUGUUAACUACAAAAUUGGAAGUGUUAUUUUACCAGUUGAUUACCAUUGUAAGAUAUGGAGUCCUGAUCUUUAAUAAAGAUGUGCCUACUUCCUA